AGAUUUAAUUGUGUGUUUUUAUCUUGUUCAUUUAUUUCAAAUAUAAAUUUAUAAAACUCCCAAAAAAGCACUUUUGUUCUGGCAUGUAAGCGGACACCCUGCAGCGGGGUCCUGAGCGUGGCAGGAAACAGGAAGAGAAGAUGACGGUCCAUAACUUGUACAUAUUUGACCGUAAUGGCAGCUGUCUGUAUUAUAAUGAGUGGAACCGUAAGAAGCAGGCAGGGAUCCCCAAAGAGGAGGAGUUUAAGCUGAUGUAUGGGAUGCUGUUUUCCAUCCGUUCAUUCGUCAGUAAGAUGUCUCCUCUGGACAUGAAGGAGGGCUUCUUGUCCUUUCAGACCAGCAAGUAUCGUCUUCACUACUAUGAGACUCCCAGUGGACUGAGGUUCGUCAUGAACACAGACCUGUCUGUCCCCAACGCCAGAGAGACACUGCAGCACAUAUACAGCAACCUGUAUGUGGAGUACAUAGUGAAGAACCCGGUGUGUGUGUUGGGUCAAAGUUUGGACAGCGAGCUGUUCAGCAGUCGACUUGACGCCUUCAUCAGAGCUCUGCCAUACUACAGUCCCCGCGCCGCCUAACAAACACACACACUGUUACACACACACACACACACACUAACACAAAUACUGUAUCACACACACACAUUGAUAGUGAAGGUGUAUUUAUUGUGAAGAUGUUUGUAUUAAAGGAGUGUGAACUCGU